CAAUUUGUCAUUUUCGCUUGUCGGACGUCGCCGCUGUGUUUCGUUCGUUCGUUCGGUGUUUCGCAUCUUCGUUCUCCAUUGCGAUUGCGGUUUUCGGCGUUUCCUAAAUGAGAAAAGAUUGAUUUUUUCCAAAAUGUAAACAUUUCGGUUUUUUGGAGUAAAUAAAUGUGAAUUUGUGAAUAUAUUGUGUGAAGAAGUAGAAAUUGUUCCACCAUGCCUCCAGUCAAUUCUAAGGUGAAAAAGAACGGCGCAGAAUAUGAGAAUAUCAUAGCCAAAAAGUGUACAGCGCUAGACUUUGAACAGUACAUCCAAGACAACAAGACCUUGCUACUGAACGAUCCACUGAGGGACAUACUGUUGUAUCCUACUGAUGAUGUCUCCAGUGUAGUGUUACCACGUCGCUGGAGGACAGUCACCACAGCAGUGCCAGAUGUGAGGACGGCAGCCUCAUGCCCUCUGCUCACAAGACAGGCACUCCUCAGCUAUGCUUCCAGUUGGAAUCUCAUACAUUACAAGUUCAGUAGCUACGCUGGCACCUAUCUCAACUUGCCAAGACCUAUAGAAAACAAAUUUCCGGAGGAGGUAUAUGAUAUCGACGCCGAAACCGAGAGUGAUAAUGAAACACAGGCAGCAAAACUGGACCUCGGUACCAAAGAAGGGCAUUUGCUCAAAGGACCCGAAAUCGGCUCAGAUAGGAUAUUCAGUAACCUUGCUUCAAAGUCGUUUAAGAAACGUUAUUGCUCAAUGCUUAGAGAGGCCGACGGCACUUACAUACUCGAAGUGUAUAAGGAUGAUAAGAAGACGGAUACAAAGCUCACUAUCGUAAUGGACUUUUGUUCUGAUGUUGUUAGGAAUCCCAAAAGGGGUAGGUUUUGUUUCGAACUGCGCAUGGCUGGUGGCAAAGGAUAUACGUUUGCAGCUGAGAAUGAGGAAGAUGUAGUCGAUUGGAUCAAUGCUUUCAAAGCAGCUUUGAAGAAAAAUCAGGAUAACCAAGAAGGACAUCAAAGCGAUGAAGCGUUAGAUAAAGAUGCCGACGUGUCCCUAACAGCGGAACCGCCACCUCCCACUUACGGCACUCUGAAGGGUCUGGAACACAGUAUGAACCCGCUUCUAAUGCGCUACUCCCGCGAAACUGACAUGUCGAUAGCAGCCGCGCGCAACGAGUGCCGAUACAACAUCUUCAGCAUGCCAUACAAACGAGCCCCCUCACCUGAACCUCAGCUCGAACCAUUCAAAGAACACUUUGGCCAAAGAAUUUUGCUCAAAUGCGAAAGCUUAAAGUUUAGGUUACAAGCGCCGAUAGACGGCGAUAAAGAACUGUUGUGUCAAGUAGAACCUUAUUACACGUACUUAGCGCUGUACGACGCCAGGAGUGGGAAGAAACUGUCGGAAAACUUCCACUUCGACCUCAAUCACGAAGCUGUCAGAGAUCUAGUCAAGGAUACGGAGUGCACAAAGUCAUUAGUUGAGAAUUUUAGUUACGAUGUUAAGUUAGACGUUAAUCAGAUACCGGAAGAAUGGUUUCGAUCAAAAAGACAGGUGUUGAUAUCUGUAAACAAUCCUCAUCCGGACUUGUUCCUGGUGGUGAAAAUCGACAAAAUCUUGCAAGGUCACGUGAGUCAGGUGCUGGAGCCGUACCUCAAGGCUACCAAAGACCCGAGACUUGGGCUCAAAGUACACAAGAAUGUUCAGGCUUAUGCGAACCGUGUGGGGACGUACCGAAUGCCCUUUGCUUGGGCGGCAAAACCUUUGUACAAAAUGUACAGCAAUGACUUGGAUUUAACACCGGAAUUCCCCGCCAUUUAUCGGCAAGAGCCCAAUAAAAUGUCGGACGAUGAUCUGCUAAAAAUAUUGUCGGACUACCGCAAGUCGGAGAAAAUGUCUAAAUUAACUGUGAUACCUGGCUGGCUCAGUAUUAAUAUUCAUCAAAGCAACGAACAAGUACCAAACUGUAUGUCAAACUCAUACGCCGCGUUAAAACCUUUUCCACUACCGCCUACUUCGCCACUCACAGUAGAGCUGGCAACACUGAACGUGGAACCAGAACAACCGUAUGCAGCAUACAUACACCAUUUGUACGUGCGACCGUUAGCUUUGAAUUUCGAAUCUCAGAAAAUGUUUGCGAGAGCAAGAAAUAUUGCUUGUUCUAUCGAGUUGAGGGAUAGUGAUACGGGAGAAACUAAAUCACUUCAGGUGGUAUACGGAAGAUUCGGCAUGACCUCACAGUACCGCUGUUCAGUAUUACAUCACAACGCUAACCCCACGUGGAGUGACGAGGCCAAAAUCCGUCUCCCAGCUACAUUAACACCCCAGCAUCAUUUGUUGUUCACUUUCCACCACAUAUCGUGUGACCUUACUAAGAAAAACGACGCUAACGUGGAAACUUGUAUCGGAUACGCGUGGGUACCUUUGUUGAAAAACGAUAAGUUGGUCGACGAAGUUGUCAAUUUACCUAUAGCAACACAUUUGCCGUCUGGAUAUUUAGCCAUACAGCCACUUGGGUUGGGAAAAGGGAACACAGGACCAGAAGUUGUAUGGGUGGAAGGCGAAAAACAACUGUUCCGAUGUCAACUAGUUCUAGACUCUACAGUAGCUACAAGGGACGCUCAUUUACAUAAUUUAUUUAAUCAAGCUGAAAGGCUAAUAAAGUCCAGUUCUCCCCCUACUUCUCCCUCCCCUCCGCCGUGGAAUGACGUCUGCAAUGCGCUCAAAGCCGCGCAUGCGAUUAAGUUGAGCUCGCUUAUCGCUUUCCUGCCGACUAUUAUGAAUCAACUGUUUGAACUAAUGACUGUAGAAAAAAGCUACACUCAUGAUAUGGGUUAUCAGAUUGUCAAGUUGAUAGUUCAUUUUGUGCAUAUGAUACAUGAUUAUGGGAGAAAGGAUCUUCUUGAUAGCUAUGUGAAGUACGUAUUCAACUGUGUGGAAUUCAAACUCCACACAAUGUUGACGGCCCCACUUCACAUGUUUGUCGACCCCAACCAACCAGACUUUCUAUUGGGCAACAAGUUUAUGCAGUAUUCUGGGUUUUUCUUCGACAUCAUUACUAAGAGUAUGGCGCAGUAUCUUAUCAAUACUGGAAGAAUUAAAAUGUCGCGUCAUGAAAGAUUUCAUGCUGAUCUGUUAGAAAAUAUAGACAAAUUGAUAACGACUGUGGAGCCUUCAUAUAUUUUACAGCAACCAAUGCAAACUCAUAUUUUUAAUAAGAAUCUUGCAACUUUCCUUAAGUCCUGCCUAUCAUUCAUGGACCGAGGUUUUGUGUUCCGACAAAUUAAGAAAUAUUUAGACAAGUUCAAACUUUGCGAUCCAAAAGCGUUGUUUGAUUUCAAAUUCACGUUUCUGCAAACAAUUUGUUCCCAUGAGCAUUUUGUACCUUUCAAUCUGCCGUUGCAUGCGAACAAAUUAUCGAGAGAUGGCGAUGAAGAUCCUGCGAGGCUGAGACUCACAGAAGACUUUAUAAUGAGACACUUUCUUGCCGGAACCCUUCUUAAACAAGUUGAACAGUCAUUGCGAGAGGCGCCGUUGAAACGUAGGUCGGCGUUGAGUGUGCUUCGAGCUUUAAUGACUAAACAUGAGCAUGAUGAUCGGUAUAGGACUCGACAGUGCCGAGCGAGGCUCGCGUAUCUGUAUUCGCCGUGGCUUACUAUUGUACUUGAAAAUGCCCACCGUCUCAUAACAAAAUCUCUAGCAAGUCCGGUCGAAAAUGGUCACGAUAAAGUCGAUGGAGACGCAACUAUGAACCCAGUACUCAAUAGUACGCAGAAAGAGGCGGCCUCAGCUAAUAGUACGCCGCGAAGAAAUAGACUGACGCUACACUUUGAUCAUACGCCGGUCAGAAACUCCGCCCAUUUCAAGGAACCGCCUACAAUACCGGGCAAUUAUAUGUAUGGGAAAGAUCACGCCAACAAUAUGUCACAAAGCUCGUUAGAAUCAGUAUCUACAAUGUCCGGCGGUGAUUCAUUACCUAGAAACGUUGGACGUCUCGACUUGAGCGAAAUUGGUGAUCAGGUCAAUAGGUUCGGUGUAAUGUCUCCGGAAGAAGUAAGGGAUGUGCUCUUGUGUUUCUUAUUCGUAUUGAAGUAUUUGGAUGAUGAGAGACUAGUGGAUUGGUGGAAGACGCAGUCUCAAUCACAGCAGCAAUCGUUCUUUAAUGUUUUAGAAAUAUGCGCCGAACAAUUCCAAUACGUUGGAAGGAAGAAAAUUCUAUCAGAAAUGAAAGCAACAACGCCAGAUUGUAAUGGUAAACCAAAGCCUGUGAAAGCGAGGACUUUGCCCGCCAGAAUGAGUCCUCCAGACUUCUCUAAAGAACCCCCAAUAGUUGUGGAGAAAAACAAUACUGUUAAUAGGGAAAACCUUGUGAAUCCUACAGUGACUACUGAACUGGAAGCGAUAGCAGAACACACGGUGCUAUCAGCGAGCUGCCUCGCCACAGAAGUGGGGCUCACCAUCAUAGACCGCGCGUGUCUCUUCAUGAAGAACCUGGGAGCGGCUGACGGCAUCGCCGCGAAGCCAUACCUUAAGUUACUGCAGUACCCGCAGAGUGAAACUUUGUAUAAGCACUUGUUUUCCGCUUUGAGAGCGUAUAUCAAUCAGUUUUCAGAGACGCUUUUUGAAGGUGGCAGCACAGUAUGUUCAGGCGUGGUCGCAGCAGUAGUACGUUUGUGCGAAGCGCGGGCGGCGUGGUUGAGGCGUGAAGCGGCCGCCGCUUUGUACUUGUUAAUGAGGGCUAAUUUCCAACAUGGGACUGGUGGUGACUUAACCAGAGUACAUCUGCAGGUGAUCAUGGCUGUAUCGAAACUACUAGAUAAUUCAACUGCUCUAAACUGCAAACGUUUUCAAGAGUCUCUCUCUGUCAUCAACUGCUUCGCGACUGGUGAUAAGGCUAUGAAGGGAACUGGUUUGUCUAGUGAAGUAGCGGAAUUGAUGCGUCGCGUGCGCACAGUAGUGGGUGCUCGGGCUCGACUCGCUGGUGUAGGAGGCGUUGGCGCAUCAGGUGCAGGCAGUGUCCACUUGGCGGAGCUACAGCAUGCUCUAGCGGCGUCAUGUCGCGCGACGCCGCGGCUGCGUCACGCCUGGCUCUCCAACCUCGCCGAACAUAAUGCUCGCCAGGGAGAUCAUGAUGAGGCUAUGUGCUGCCAACUACAUAUCGCUGCCCUCAUAGCCGAGUACUUAAAACUUCGAGGAACACAAACAUGGGGCGCUGACGAAUUCGCCGAAAUCUCACUCAACAUACCCCGUGACGAAACCGGCCUUAAAAUCGACGAGGGCAUGACGGACGUUCAUUACAACGAGCAAGCGUUCCUGGACCAACUGAUGAUAUGCACGGAAUCAGUAGACAAGGCCGAAAGAUACGAACUGUUGGGCCCACUCUACCGCCUCAUCAUACCUAUAUACGAGCGACGGAAGGACUAUCAGGCUCUUCUCACCUGCUACCAACAUCUUACCAAAGCUUAUGCCAAAGUUAUAGAAGUCACUAACUCAGGGAAACGGCUGCUAGGUAGAUUCUACCGUGUAGCCUUCUUCGGCAAAGCGCAUUUCGGUGAAGACGAGGAAGGCAUUGAGUUCAUCUACAAGGAGCCCAAAUUGACAUCCCUAAGUGAAAUAUCGGAGAAAUUACAGAAUUUCUACGAACAAAAGUAUGGUGCUGGGAAUGUGAAAAUGAUCAUGGAUUCUGCACCGGUAAAUCGCGAGGAACUAGACAGCAAACUAGCUUACAUCCAAGUGACCUGGGUUCGCGCGGCUCCCGAAGGUGUGGUGGUCUCGGGAGGCGGGGAGGGGUCUUUCGAACGAGCCCACAAUGUACGCCGCUUCGUGUUCGAGACGCCUUUCACGAGGGACGGUGCAGCUAGAGGACCGGUACAUCAUCAGAGGCUGAGGCUCACACAUCUUACUACCGAUUCGUGGUUCCCUUACGUCAAACGCCGAGUGCCAGUCAUCGACACGCAAGUUGAGGAGAAAAGCCCGAUAGAGGUCGCUGUCGCCGAAAUGGAAGGACAAGUCGCUGAACUACAGGAAAUAGUCAACGCUAAGGCACCUGAUAUCAAGAAACUGCAGCUAAGGUUACAAGGAAGCGUAUGCGUCCAAGUGAACGCUGGUCCACUGGCGUACGCGAAUGCUUUCCUCGACCCAACUCUUGCACAGAUGUAUCCUGACGAAAUGGUGGAUAAACUCAAGGCUAUAUUCAAAGAGUUCCUAACCGUGUGCCACGCAGCUUUGCAACUGAACGCCAAGCUCAUCAGCUCCGACCAAGUGACAUACCACGAGGCUUUAGAGUCCAACUACUACAAGCUCAGCCAUUCCCUCUCCGGUAUGUUAGGCCAGCCCUUACAGGACAUCUUAGUCAACGGCAACUUGAGCACGACCGUCCCAGGAGUCGAACUGGAGUCCAGCAAUGCUUGAACAUUAGUUCCUAUGAUGUCCUAGCUGGACAGCGUUUGCGCUGAACGAAUCUCGCCCUUAUUGCGCUCUCAAUAAAGUCGCAUAUUGAAAUCAACGGUCCUAUAUGACGUUUCUCAACUAGCGAUACUCUGUCCUGCUAGGACAGGUUAUUCGUCUCAAUAUCAAGUAUUAAUCUUUAAUGUAGCGGAAAUGUAAUCCUGCGCACGAUUUAUAAAGUUUCGAAACGAGAAAUCUACUAUGCCAAUUGCACGUGUUAGUAAGUACUUACGAAAAAUGUCGUUGAUACGGCUUUGCCAAAAAACUGACUGUCCAAUGAAUUUUCAACAAUGAGGUCUCAAGCGUUUUAUGCGCUCCACGAAAAUAGUACUGGCUAUAAAUAAUAAUUAUAGCCAACCUUGCCUUAAACCAACAAAAUCUCAAAAAAAGAAGUUGAUUCAAGUCUCAAUUUGUCUUAAGACUGCUCUCCAUUUUAUGAACACAUCUUAGUCCAAUGUAGAUAGUGCACCUAUAAGUAAGGUCUCAAAAUAUUACAACUAAGAGUUGAAUACUAUUUAAAGUUUGUAUCCGAUAGGGUUACGUACUUUUUAAUAUGCGACUAUGAUGAUAAUAAGGGAUUUAUUUAGCGAAGUCACUUAUAUGCCAUACGAAUUUUAAAAAAAUGAUGAGUCAUCCAAAAGAAAGUAGGUAUUUACGGAAUUUGUCUUUCUCAGGUGAAAAUACAAAAUUAUUUACUGAACAGCCCACUAUCAGUUGACUGCCAAAACAUAAAUUAUUCUUAAUUAGAGAAACAUACAUCUAAUAUAUCAGUCAGUAAAAUACAAAUCUUUUGAACAUCAUAGCCGCAUAAUAAAAUUAAUCUGCCUUAUUAAAGGAGAUUAGAUUCAAUUGACCUCUUUACCUUUAUAAGAGUAGUAGCUGAAAACAUCGUUAUUAUCCUAUUUACUAAGGUAGGACUAUAGAUCUGAGUUCUUAGAUAAGGCUAGGUCACAUUCACAUACCACCAUACAUGUAAGAUUCACUGAUUUUCGUAUUACGGAAGCUGUGACAAGACUCAAGUGCAAUUUCAAAUUCGAUUCGAUUUAUGAACUUUCAAUCUGUGAAAAAGCUUUGUGCUUGAGUAUCUUCCUGAAAAUCCAUCCUUAAUAAUCGAAAGGGUUGCCAAAAAUUUGGCCACGAUAGACCUUUUCUAAUCAAAAUAAUAAUUAGUCAUAAUUGGAUAAAUAUAAUGUGAUAUAAUUUUUUACACACACGAAUUAAAAAGCUUGCCAAUGAGAACAAAUUUAUUUCACAAUUGAAUAGGACAAUAAUUGGUUCUGAUAGAAUCUGUUGGGUGUCACCUGAUCUAAACUAUUAUUGUUAUUACCCUUUUUAGCAGAUAACGAGACAUAGUUUCAAAUAGAGUUGUCAGUUACCUAAUAGCCUUUUAAACAUUGAGGUCAUGAUAGAUAAACUUACUUGUUUCGGCACUUAAAGGUACCUUAGUUAAUGGCAUGAUUAUAUUACAUACAUAUGUAUCGCAAAUUAACAAUUUCCACAUAUAAAUCAACAAUAACAUUGCCUAACUUCAAAACCUUAUUAAUUUGUAUAAUUUCAUUCAUAGAGAACAUAGAUAAACUUUUCAUUCAGGUGACCCGCAUCCAACAGAUUUGUUGCAAACCUACACUGGUUAAAAUAAACAAUAAGUUAUAUUCUAAAAACAAUUCUAAAUAAGGGAGGAAAUAUACUCGUCAUAAACAGUAUUUAUAUAAACAGUCAAUUACAAAUUCCAUCCUGUGACAACCGAUUAUGUUUUUAAAUAAUUAAGAUCUGAAAAACCAUUGAAGUGCCAUGACUGAUAUUUCUCUCUUAUCUAACCUAGGAACCUAUAUCUAGACUAAAUAAUAGUCUUACGAGCACAAACUAUCGAUUAAAAAUUAUAACGUAGCUAGGAUUUGUACCCUCAGUAGAAAUACCUAAGAGUAUCAAGUCAUUAGUAAACUGCUGUUUGCUAGUAUUGCCAUGCUUAACGUAACUAGUUUUUAAGGAUUUUUAUCCCGGUUUGAUGUCAUCCUAACGACCGAUUUCUUUGAGUAUCGUUGGAACCCCUUCACACAGAAAAAGGUACUUUUUUAUAUCCCUCUACAUAUUUCAUAGAUUGCUAGAAAAUCUGAUCAUUUGUUUGUUAUUAAACGGUACGGAAGAAAUCGGUCUUAAGUAUCUAGUUCCUUAUUACUUUUUUGUCUUACUAACACUCUUAGUAUUCUCUGUAACUAAUUAUUAUAUUGUAAGUUGUAAACUCUGAACAAUAAGUGUGAUGUAUUUUUUGUAUUCUUAAAUUGUAUUCACUCGCUCACGAUACCACCCUAUUUUGUUAUUUCUUUUUAUGAUCGGGACCUGAACUUUGUUUUUGGUACUUUUAGGGGUCUCGUAAAGUUAUUCAGUUUAUAUACCCAAUACCUACUGCGGUUUAUCGACAUAAUUGUCGCUCUAACUUGAGUGGCCGUCUUUGCUGAACUGUGGAACUUAAUACAUUGAAAGCCUUCUACGAAUGCGAUGCUAGUAAAAUCAAGACAAGUAAGAACAUAAAAAUAUAUAUUUAACUUUUACGAGAUCCGAUAAGGAAGAUUACUUUUCUAUAAUAUAUUAAGUACUUCAUCAAUUGCUAUUUUAUAAAUUACGAACUCAAACCUGACAUUAGAUGUAGGUAAACAUUUAUUAUUAUUUUUUAUAUCAGAAUUUUAAUAUUGAGUUAAGUACUGUUUUAUUCAUUUGUGUAAGAAAGUUUAUUACGCAAGUUGUACGUCUGUUUAAUUUAUUUUGUUGUUUGUUCGUAAUACAUAAGGCUUCAUUUAGUAUUUAUCAAUGGCUGAAAACUACGCCGUCAUGUGCUACCACGGAUACACUAUACAUAUACUUGGCUCAGUCUCAUAUUUAUUUAUAUCGAUGUACCAGAUCAUACUCUAAUCAUAGAUUUCCGAGAAGCUAAAAUUAACUUUCCAAAUAAUCGUCAGGAACUCCAAACGAUCAUUUAAGUAUUAACUCAAUCAUAAUGUAGACAAAGAGUCGUAUCAUAAACAACACAAUUCGAUUUGCACGCACCCUCGCUUGCCUGUACCAGCUAAAUAAAUAAGAGCACUUAAAAAUAUGAUUUGUCUAUGUCAUGAUUGAAAUAACUACCGUGGUGGUGACUUUAUUCUUAAAAAACUGUAAUGUACUACAAUUUAUUCUAUACUGCCUGAUAAGAGAAAUUUGAAUUAUAUAAUACCCUUAGAGAUGGUUUACUCUCUAUGAAACAUCUUAUAAGUUGUUCUUAUUGAGCCCAAUAAUGGCUACUAUAAUUCAGAUUUCUCUUACCAUGCUAUUUACGCCAUGAACGUUCUCAAAAUACUCCAUUCCAUUGCUUAUUUAUUUAUAUUGAAAUAUUUGUAAGUUGGGAGAGGGUUACAUUAUUAUUCAUCAUGCUAUAUUUAUUUAUGUAUGAAUAGUGGAAUAAAUCUCAUACUCAAUGCCUUGCUUUAUUAAAAUAGUUUAUGUAUGUCACAUGUUUAUGUCAUAAAUGUUAAGUAUAUUAUUUAUUCGAAAAGUCAUCAAAUUAAACUUUUGUAUUUGCUUUAACCAUCAAGGGUACUUAAUUAACAUGGUGUCACACAUCUCUAAAUUUAAAAAAGUAGAACAAAAUUAUCAUGUAGCUAAAAUUUACUUCUUAUUAUUAAAUUGUCGAUAUUUUAAACUAGAUAUAAUGUGGAAUAUAAUAAUUAUUGGAUUAUUUAAACUGUUUAACACCAAUUGUAUGUGAUUAAUAUUCUUGUAUAUGUUAUUUCCUUAUUUAUUUUUGAUGUCGACAAUACUGACAGAGUUCUAACUUAUAUUCAAUUUGAUCUUUACGGGCUGUGUUGUUGUGGGUAGAUUACUGUAAUUUCAAUUACCUGUGAAGAUGUACUACAUUAGUAUGAGUUUUUAACACAAAUUGUUAUGAACUAGCACGAAAUUUAAAGCAAGACUUGUUCUGAACCUUACUGAAUUGUAAUCUAAAUUUCAUGUUUUAAUACAUUUUAUAAAAAUAAA